CGCCGCAUCUCCGCAUCCGCCAUUGCCCUUGACUCGUGCUCCCUGCCUCUCUUCUCCCCCGAGACCUCGCCUCUCUCUCUCUCUCUCCCUCUGUGCGCGCGCUCCUGCUCUCUCUUCCUCCUCUUCCUUCUGCUUGGCAGCCAUGGCCAACGCGCUAUGCGGCGGCAGCAGCAACGUGGCGGCGCCGUGCGGGGAAUUUGGCCCCGGGGCGGCGCUCGCGGAGUCUUUGCCGAUGGGCGCUGGGUACCGCGCCAAGAGCUCCUUCCCCGCCGGGAGGGUGGCGCUGGCGGACAGGCCCCUGCCCCGGAGCCUCCAAGUGGCGGCCGCUGCUGGACAGAUGAACGGGAACCUGACGAUUGGCAAGGCCAUGAGGUGGUGGGAGAAGGUGACGCACCCCAACAUGAGGGAGGUCGAGUCCGCGCAAGACCUCGCCGACUCCCUGCUCAACGCCGGCGACAAGCUCGUCGUCGUCGACUUCUUCUCCCCCGGCUGCGGUGGCUGCCGUGCGCUCCACCCCAAGAUUGCGCAGUUCGCUGAGCGGAACCCGGACGUGCUGUUCCUGCAAGUCAACUACGAGAAGCACAAGUCCAUGUGCUACAGCCUCCAUGUCCAUGUCCUCCCUUUCUUCAGGUUCUACAGGGGAGCCCAGGGAAGGGUCAGCAGCUUCAGCUGCACCAAUGCAACCAUCAAGAAGUUCAAGGACGCCCUCGCGAAGCACUCGCCGGACAGGUGCAGCCUCGGCCCGGCGCGGGGCCUCGAGGAGGCGGAGCUCUUGGCUCUGGCUGCAAACAGGGACCUGGAAUUCACCUACAACAACGAGAAGCCGUCGCUGGUGCCGAUCGCCGAGGCCAUCCAGAUGGAAGCUGCCUCCAUUGGCGGCCCAUGGAUGCCAUUGCCUGCGGCCGCGACGCAGCCGCUCGCUCUGGGAUCCGAGAACGGCUCGCUCAUCCCCUCUGGAAGAUAGUAAUCGGAGACCAGGCCCAAUCCGGCCAUUCCUGUACAGAUUUUCUUCUUUUUGUUGUGUGUUGUGUUGAAUUCGAGAGGCGGAAUCGCAGGGUAAAGGUUUUAGUUUUUUGUAAACCUGCCGAAGCUCUAUUGUGAUCGUGUUGCUGCAACCAGCCGUUGCUCAACAUGGUAAUCCUUCUUGCUUUAAUGACAAAUGGGAUGAUGCCUCCCCAGAAUUAAUUAAGAUCCUUCAUGCC